CUAGCUCUCGCUGUCUGUUCUCUUCUGCAUCACGCUGGUUUAGCUUUUGCUUAUGAGGUGGUCUCUGGUCUCUGUUGGGCGUUCAGUGCUGUCGCACAUAUUAGUCGCGCUUUCAAUUCGCUUCGUUGCGGUGUUCCAGCUUGUUUGGUCGCGCAAGCAUAACGAUUACGUUAGUCAAGACAGUCGUGCGGUUGACGCUAAACGCCACGAAUACAUACGGCGGGUAUACGACGGGUAUACGACGAGUACGGGUGGGUUCAACAUAUUGGGAGUGUUUUAGAGCUUGCAGCUUUUUCUUCGCUGCUGUGCUGUGGAAAAUGUGUAUGAAAAGAAAAUAAUUUGAUUAAUUUCUAGCGAUUUUUGUGCGCGAAGAAAGAAAGUGAAAAUCUCACAAUUGGUGUGUUGUAAAAUAUUACAGCAACUACUUUGAGCUUAUAAAAUCAAUUAAAAACAAGUGUUUUAUUUUCUUCUGGCAAACGAGCCACCCAAACAGGUUCUGCCAUAUGUGUUUGUGGUGAGAAAAAAAAAUAAAGAAAAAAGCAGAAAAAAGCUGAAAAAUUCGAAAUAAAACUAAAUAUUUAGUUUUUGCUUUUUAUAUAGCAAUAUAAUUUUAAAAGUGCACCACAUAUGCCGGCCAUAUGUUUUCGAAAUUGGUGUUUUCUUCAAGUGUUUGCAGCUUUUUGAAAUUAUAAAAAGUAAAAAUAAAUUUUUGUCGUUCAACGCUAAUCUCUCCAACAGCUGUGCUUGCGAACCUACCUGUUUGUAUGUACAUAAAUGUGUAAAUUUAUGCUAUUGACAUUUGCUGUUGCUGCUGUCUGUUUGUAAUACAAAUAAUUUUUUAAUUCAGCCAUAGGGCCAGCAAAAUCGACAAAGCGGCGAAAAAACCAAAUAGAAAAGGCGGUAAACGCUGUGUAAAUUAUUGAAAGAGAUGAUUUACUAAAAGCAAGCUCGUCGCUCAACUGACUUCCCACAAUACUUGUGGACGGACACUGACACUGACAAUCGAAUGUAUUUUUGUUGUUCGAAACUAUUCCUCGCGAUUUGCUUUUUCAAAGCUCCUCGACACGCUGAAAAUAAUCCACACGAGCUUUCUUCAUGUCGCCUUGAGUUCUAGUGAAAAUCAAGUGUGCUCUGCGGAGGCAAGAGGCUUGUGACUUCAAACACGCACUAACGCGUCUGACACGCUCCUUUAAGCUGGAGGAAAGUAGCAGUCACAAACACACGUGUGCCACAAACUGAGCAAAGUGCCUCCUGCCUCGAACGUGUAAUGUCGGAAAAAUCGCGCGCGUUGACUUUAACAAGCGGAAAUGUACAUGAACCAACAAAGGCAGUAACAUCAACAACAACAACAUCGACAACAAUCAGAUCAGGCAAUAGAUCCGCAGCUAAACUACAGAAUAUGGCGAAUAGCAGUCACAACAGCAGCAACACAGUGCCCCUCAUCGGCGCGCCCACUUUGAUAUCGAGUACACUGCAGCAAUUGCCGCCCCCAACACCAACACCAACAACACCCACUCCACAACAGGCAGGCGGUGAUGCUCUUGCUGCACACUCACACUCCCCAAAUGCGUCUGGCGCUGCCGGCAGUGAUAGCGAGUCCACGUCUGCGGACUAUGUUGCUGGUGGAGGUGGUGCUGGCGCUGGUGUACAAUUAAACUUCCAUCUAAUGCCGGAUGGUGGUGCCGCCGGCAAUGCUGGCGAUGGUAAUUCAAUAAUGAACUCAUCACAAAUAUCUGCCAACUCCAACGAGUCGAUGCAGUUGUCGAGUAGUCCAGCUGGCGGUGGCGGUGGCGGUGGUGUGACAAGCAUUGCUGGUGCUGCUACGGGCAGCGGCAAUAAGUCGGGCGGUGGUAAACAUUUGACCGCACACAGCGUGGCUGGGAAAUCCUGCCGUUUUCCGAAACUCGAAGAAUGCGCACACUUCCACUAUGAACGCGUACAAUUGGGCGCGAUUUCGGUGCGCCUGAUGGACGAUAAAUCUGAAUUGCUCAACAGCAGCAUUGCAUCACAAUCGAUUGGCGGCGACAUCGCCGGCACACAACUCGGUCAGGCGCUCAGUAGCAGCUGCGGCGGUGGCGGCGGCACUGGUCCAUCAUCAUACCGUUCCUUCUCGCCAGCGAAUUGUUGGUUUAUCAUAAAGGUUUUCCCACACAGCUGUGAUCCAUUUCUGGUGAAACGUUCCUUCGACAAUAUGCAAAUGUUGGACGAGAUGCUGCACCGUUGUGUGUACGAUCGUAAAAUUAGCGGUUUGAAGAAUUUAGAGGAAAUGGAUUUUAAGAGCGAAGAAGAUGUUGAGUAUGCAGUAGCAAAAUACUUAGAGCGCUUCUCGAAAAUCGCUUCCGACUCAUUGACGUGUGGCACAAUACUCACCUGGUUGCAAUUGGAUAAUAAGGGACGACGCUUACCAUUGGCGGACGGUGAUACCAUGCGUACCAUUAAUACGCCAGCAGUGGGCGCGGCCUACGGCGUGCGACGCUAUCAGGCGCAAGCUUCCGAUGAGAUCUCCAUUGAAGUUGGCGAUAUGAUCUCCGUCAUCGAUAUGCCCAGUCCGGCUGAAUCGAUAUGGUGGCGUGGCAAGAAGUCGCAUUUACAGAAGUCACAAUACGAAGUUGGUUUCUUUCCGCAGUCGUGUGUUGCCACAAUCGGCGAUAAGGUGCCGCGUCAUUUUCCCAUGCCCGCACCACUCGUCGGCCAAUUGGAUGUGUCGCCCACAAAGCCGGUACUGCGUAAACAUGGCAAGCUGAUUGCAUUCUUUCGCUCAUUCAUACUAUCACGACCAUCACGCCGCCGGCUCAAACAAAGCGGAAUCUAUCGCGAGCGAGUCUUCUCCUGUGACCUUUCUGAGCAUUUACACAACAGCGGGCAGGAGAUACCAAUGGUUUUGAAAUGUUGCGCGGAGUUUAUUGAAGAGUAUGGCAUAGUGGAUGGUAUCUAUCGGCUCUCGGGUAUCACAUCGAACAUACAGAAGCUGCGACGCGCAUUCGACGAAGAACGCAUACCCGACUUGGGUAAUCCAGAAAUGAAACAAGACAUACAUGCGGUCAGCUCACUGCUGAAAAUGUACUUCCGCGAGCUACCGAACCCGCUGUGCACAUACCAGUUGUAUGACAAUUUCGUUGAGGCCAUACAGGAAAAGAGCGAGUCGAACGAAAGACUGCGGCUGAUGAAGGAAACCGUCUCGAAGUUGCCGCCACCGCAUUAUCGCACACUCAAAUACUUAGCCGAGCAUCUGAACCGUAUCUCCCAGCACUCGGCACGUACCAGCAUGACUGACAAGAAUCUCGCCAUCGUCUGGGCACCAAACUUACUACGCUCACCCGCACUCGAGUCGGGUGGUGUGGCCGCACUACGCGGUGUAGGCGUUCAAGCCGUCGUCACCGAGUACCUGAUACGUAAUUGUCACAAUAUAUUCGACGCCUUCGAUGACAUGAACGUGCGUCUGAGUUAUAUAGCCACAUCUGGUGCCACACCGGCGAACGACACCAAUCGACUCGAUUCGUUAACCGACUGUGAAAGUCUGUUGGUGGAGCAACGCGAACACGAUCAAUCGCUCACUUAUAUGGAGCGCCCGAAAAGUCUCAGCACUGGUGGGCCCAAGCUUAUUAGUUUGGAAGAGGCACAAGAGCGACACUCACGUAUCGACGGACUGGAUAUGAAGACAACUAUGCCCAUCAAUAUGGUCGCAAGUAAUGCCGCCAAUAUUGGCUCAUACAUUGAGGUCGGCGGUGGACCCUCUAGUCUGCCGGAUAAAUAUCACACUGUGUUAUCGGUGCCACGUAGCUGGCAGAAGCGGAAAACACAUUCUUGGAAAUCACUUUUCACGCGUAAUCAGCGUACGAUUAGCAAUGGUGCGCAUGAUAUGAAGACGAUUGCCGUGGUGGGCGCGGUAGGAGGCACUGAUGCGCCACCUGCACGCAGUAAAGAUGGCAGUCACACGCAGGUCACCUUCGCGGAGGCCGAUUUGAUUAUCUCAAAUGCCGGUAAGGUUGGAAAAGCGCUGCACAAACAAGAGAAACCGAAAUCGAUUGAACUAUUCGAGACGAGCUCCCGACGCGACGACGUUGUGGGCAAGCCGAUGGAAGCUUGUGUGCGCUCGAACUCGAUCGAUAGUCUGCGCACAGCUGGACACUCACGUUCCGUUUCACAUGAUUCCUACUUCGAUUUGCUGCAGUCGCCGCAGCGUGGACACGUCACCACGUGUCCUUCACGAGAACUCUCCGAAUUGGGUUUGAAUUUUGAUCGCGAGGAGCCCGAAAUGCGCAUCUUCUCCGAAAGCGAGUCAUUGGUGAGCUCGCCGCGCGUCGGCAAAGAGAAUAUACCGCCCUCAUCGGGCGCUGCAUCGCGUCGCAUAUUACGUGCUCGCCCCGAGGAAUUUUCCAGUCAAACGAACAGCGUUAAUCCCAGCCCCAAAAAGCAGCCACGUCUUAAUUUGCAUCUGUCGCCGACCGCGGCCUCUGCCCUCGCACACAAUUGGCCACAACAGUGCGCUGGUGCGUCAGCAGGCCCGCUGCUGGACGCUGCCGGUAAUGAGUUGGUAUGCCACGAACAUCACGCACAUCUCUCCAGCGACGAGAGCUGCUGCAAACGUUAUAAGCUUGAGGAUCAACUAUCCGAUAUACAAUAUAUUGACUGUGGCACGCCCGAGCAUACCAUUGCUAAUCCGCAGACGCUCUAUGCCAGCGUGCAAGUGCAUGCGCCACCCAAAUCUGCGCUAUCCAAGAACUCACUCUACGGCUCGACGGAGAGCACUAGCAAAUUGCAGGAUGCCAUUAGCGCCAAGGCAGCACAAUUUGAGAAGAAAUAUGGUCUCAGCGCUAAAGUGGGCGACAAAAAGACAAGCGCCGGUGCAGCCGCGGCAGCUGCGGCUGGUGGUAGCAUCAUUAGCACACGCUACAGCUAUCCCACUGUGCAGUUGGGUGCUAAACGCAAGGAUCAGGACUCGUUCAAAGAACGCUUCAGCUAUCCAGGCUCGGGUUUGAACAAUACAAGUCGCUUCUCGGCAAAAGAUGCUGCAGCGCGCAUGCAAUUCGAGGAAGAGUUGUGUGCCAAGCGCGAAUUGGAGAGCAUCACACAAGUACCUUACGGCAGAUCAACAAACUACAACAACCAUACACAUGCGCCUAAAAAUCUACCCGAUUUGAUGCGUCCAAAAAAUCGCAACAGCUAUUGCAAUACCAAUGAGGCAAUCAAUUCCAUGCUACUACGCAAGAGCUCUCAGGAUAUGACAACCAAAGAUGCGCAUAAGGAAAUGGAGCGUUCGAAAAUUUCGGUCACACCCUCCUCGCCAAUGCAGAGUCCACGUUACUCGUUGUUGGUUGGCGACACCAGCUCGGAGAAUAGUUCGGCCGUAAAUACACCACAAUAUGACUUGGAACCGCUAAUGGCUACCUCGGCUAUGUCUGGUUUGUCGGCGCAUUCGGGCGCCUCCUCGCAUCUACAGCAGCAGCCGUUACUGCUGGGCGUGGAUAACAAUAGCUGUUUGGGCACCUCACAUGAAAGUCUUGGCAGCAAUUUCACAUCACAUUCGAACAUCACAAAUGCUUCGCAUCCGGAACGUCGCGACAUGCACGCACUCAAACGUGAGCUCUCACUCGAUUUGCAACCUCUGAGCACUAAAAUGACCAUCGACGGCGUAGACGGUGGCGCAGGAAACGGUAACGCUGGACAUGCGGCUACACUGCCCUACAACCGACAACGAGAGCUGGCGCAACAACUCAUACCUUCGCCAAACAACUCCAAUUUCACGGACAAUACUAGUCAAUCGGUGACGCCCAGCGAGUUCGGUUAUCAAAAUUUACAACGUCAGUCGAGCAUGCAUUCGCUGAUUGAAACCGAAGCGGAAUCGCCAGCGUACGAGGAGUACGAAAAUACGCCAAGCAACAUGACAUCACCACUCUUGGGCGCGCAAAAACCACCACCCAUUGGUGGGCCAACAAGUCCGAUACGUGCGACGAUUAGCAUAACCUAUAACAUGCGUAGUCCACGUGGUGACGAAUUACAGACGAAUAAACCGUUUGUUGUGAUGCGUGAAAAGACAAAGGCCAAGGGCCCACUGUUAGAGACAAGUUUCGACGAGAAUACGGUGUACGAGCAAGUGAGAUUCUUCAGGAAUUCUGUGACCGAAGUGAAUCAGCUGUUGAGUGAUGAACGCAAGAGCUCGCUGACGUUGGAAAGUCUGAAAGAGACCAAUGAGAAUGAAGAUUUUAGCGCAUACGAAAAUGUACCGUUAUUGGGUGAUGAACGGCAAGCAAGCCGUAAAAAUAAAGCUUCGAGACGGUGUGGACGCACUGAUGUACCAAUGAGCGGCGAUACAAAUAUUUUGGACAGUCUGGAGGAACCUUCCGAAGAUGAGCGUCUUCUGUAUGAAAAUGUGGAACUGCGCAAGCCCAAAAGUGUGUAUGCAAAUAUAUUGGGCGAGCAGCUGAAGAGCACGGCAGAAGCCAAUGCUGCAAAGCUCGAUGCCACCUCGGACAAAGUGGAUCUAGAUAGUUUAGAUAGCUUAAAGACCGAUACAGAUUUGACGAAAGUGGAGUGUGCAGAACUCAUUGAUGUGAAUACGCCAGCGCGUGAACACGAGCCACCGCACAGCGCGGGACUGGUCGAGAGCGCCGCACGCAAAUCGCCAUCAAACUUCAGCGUUAAAGAGCUCGCCACCAAAUUCGAAAGCUCGCCCGUCGAGCAGCUGCCUGCGUUCGAUUUCAGUUUUCGCAACUCGAUUAAGAAGCACAGCACCGCUGUGGCCGAGCUGAAAGCCUCACAGACGAGUCUAACUUCGAACGCCGAGCAGACGGCGACAAAAGAUGCCACAAAUCCCAAGCAAAAGUUGACGAAAUCACAACAAAUUACACGUUCGCUCGACGAGAAUGCCUUUGUGCGCGAGUUCGGCUCUAAGCAGCUACAGGAGUUGAGCACACGCAGCACGCAACAGUUACCCGAGCUGGCCGAGGUCAUGAAUCGACGCAAAAGUUUCGACUUUACGCGCCCCAAAACUCUCAAUCCACCUAAACGCCUACCCGGCAUACCAAUCACCGAGGAGGUCUGCCUCUCGAAGAGCGAAAAGUCGUCGCCACCGGCGGCACUCAAGUUGGAAAAGAGUCACAAUCGUUGCGCCGCCGAUGCGGCUUUGGAAAAUGAUUACGAAACAGCCGAGCUGAAAAUCACGCCCACCACAGAAAAUCGAAUUUCGCUUAUACAAAAUAAUGUCAACUCAAGCGCGGCGGGUGGUGCCGCCUCAGCCGCGGCCAUUAACGCCAGCGCUAGCGAUUUGAGCAACUCCAAUCUGAACCUCUCGACGAGCAGUCUCAAAGUGCUCUCUGGUGUUAAACUCGAUCGCGAACGCAUUGAUAAAAUCAAAGAGGAACGUCGUCAGCAGCUGACGCAGAAGUAUCGUGGCGAUACGACGAAUUUCAAAUCGCGCUCGAAAACCGAUCUGCACACAUCAUCACACAAGGACGACGACAAGUUCAAUGCACCCGAAUCUUUGCGGGUCAAGUCGAAAUCACGCGGAGACAUGCGCGCCCUGCAGCAGGAGAACGAAAAUGUUAAAGAAUUGCUGGGACGUGCUCGUUUACUUGCCGGUUCGGAGAGCACUUUACAUUCGCCACGCGUGCGUAGCAUUUCCGAUGAGAAAAAUCAAAAUUGUGAUGCAAAUACUACAGCAAAAACAAUAACAGUAACAGCAACAGCGGUCAAUAACUGCAAUGCGACAAAUGCAAAUGCUCCCAAUACCGUUCUGGCCAACACAACAAUGGACAUGGCAAAUAUGACUGUGUCUGCGGUGGCUGCGAAAAAAAUUCCCAUGCAGGAAGAGUACUCCGCACGCGCCACUGUACAGAAAUUCGAACGGAAGAGCUUUGAGCUCGCCAAUGGCACAAUGGGCUCGGGGGCAGUGUCUGCAACGGCGCGUGAACGGAAUAGCCGAGGAAAUGAAUUGAUCGGGGGCAGCAAUAGUGGCGCUGGCGGUGUUGGAGCUGUUGCGGUUUUGUCGACCAGUCGGCAAAGUCUAACCUCAACCCGUGAGAAGAUCUCACCACAAUUUUCCAUACGUGAUAUGACGGCGAUGUUCGAGUCUCGUUCACAAAACUCUUAAUAAUUAUAUUUAUUAAAGCGGAUAAAAAUAAAAUAAAAAAAUAAAAUUUGUAUCUACAUAAAGUAUAUAAAAGAUAAAGGAAAACAAAAACUUAAAAAGAAAUAACUUCUAAAACAAGCGUACAUAUGUACAUAAAUACAUAAAAGCAAAUGCAAUAGUAAACUAAAAAAAAAAUAUUUUAAAUGUAUGGAAAUUAUAAAAAAAAUAUUUAAUAUACUAAAUAUCUACAUUAGUGUAUGUGCGCAUAUGUAUGUUUGUAUAAAAAUUUAAAAAAUUUAAAUUAAAAUUAAAAAAUUAUUAAAAAAAUAUAUAAUUGAAAGAUGAUAAUUUAAACGCAUUUUUUACAAUAUAAUACUAUAUAUAAAUAUGUUUUUAUGUAAGAAAAAUAACACAUAAAAAUAUAGCAAACAAAUUUAUAAACACUUUAUGUCUAGCCAAAUUUACGAAAAUGACAAAAACAGCAGGAAAAGCUGAAGAUCUUUUUUAAUUUUCAAAAAUCUUAUAAACAUUUUUUAUAUAAAUUACAAAUAUAAAUUGCAAAAUUGACAAAUACUAUAAAUUAAUAAAGAAAAAAAUUUAUCUUUGUAUGCUUCAAACAUUUGUUUAUCUAUACAUACAUAGCUACGUAAAUAUAUACAAAAUCACGUAAACAACAAAAAAAAAAA